UGAAUCCAGCCUAAGACCGUGCUCCCGAUUCUACCAGAGCGCGCUGCAAACACAAAUCAUACACGUAGGCGCAAUAGUGCCCAUCACUGUUCUCUCCGGGUGACGUAGUACGUCGGAGGAAGAAGUCGGAGUCAAUGCAGAUUUUAGACGGAGUUCGACGCGGCGCCGAGGUGCAUCCCGGGGUGACGUAAUCCUGUUCGACGUCGCUCUCAAAUUGCAAGGCACUCAUCGUCGCGCGACGGCGCGACAACAGGCAUUCGUGUGAUCCAACGGCACAUCGGCGCGUCGCGCAUAUGACUCGCCGUAACAGGAUAUCGCUCGGCGACUUCCGGCUCGUGUGGGCCCCCAGCGGUAAGUCUCACACUUACGUAGUCAGGUGAGGAUCGUUCGGACGAUUUGUCUUUUGUCAGAUAUCGACUGCUGCGUCGGCCGAGACGAGAAAUAUAGAGACGGGCGCGCGCAUCCGGCAACGGCGGCGGAUUCUAGCCGACGUUUGAUUGCAGAUCGCAAGUAAACUGCGGGAGCUUGCGCGGAUGCGGCGGUACGCGUUAGAGCUCGACGGACGCAACGGGAGGAAGCGCAGCGGGUUGCAGCCAGGCUACGCAUUGUCAUUCUCAUAGGCAAUAUUCAGUUUCUUACCAUCACCAGAAUCACCACGACAUUUAUUUUCCGUAAAAGGGAUUUAAUUUUAAUCGACUGUGAGUGGCUAUUCCUAUUCUCUGGCAAGAAUCUUGUAGAACGAGCUUAGCAAAAAAAAAAGAAAGAAAAAAAACCAUUAUAUCCGUGGAAAGUACUGGAAUCAUUGUGUGUAUGCACACAUACACAUAUAUGUAUACAUAUAUUUAUAACAGGAAUAUUCGCAGUUCGAUCAACGUACAAUUCCCAUCGGGCUACGGGGAUUGCGCGAGGAAUGUCAGACAUUCCGCGUAAUCGCAACGUAGACCGACGUGGGCGUGAACGGCGAUACAAGCGCCGUCGUCUCAAGGUGAAUCGUGUCGGAACUGUGACGGGUCUCGCGUGGGUUAAGUAAGCGGAUACGUGUGAGACUCGCGCGCGGACGAGCUCGCACCCGAGCCCCGAGCCACGUCCGGAGUGAUGGAAAUACGCUAAGACGUCCUGAGUAUCAGCAAAAUGCCACGUAUAGAUCCUCUAUCGUUGCUCAAAUGCCUUAGCGUUUUAUUGGGGCCAACAGGAGGUAUUAAGAGCAAAGAAGAAGUUCACCGAUUAGCUAAUUUAAUGACAAAAUUUUCUAAGAAGCUUGUUUCAAAAUGCAUUUAUAUACAAAUAUUGAAAACGACUAAUACGGACUUGCUUAGUCAAUUUAUGAGCGCCGGAGGAUGGAACCUCAUACACACGUGGCUCACCGAUGGCAUUCUUGCCAAGAACUGGGCCCUCAUUCAGGAACUUCUCGAGCUCCUGCUGCUCUGUCCAGUGGACAUCGAGCGGUUGAAGAGCAACAAUUGUCCAAAGCUGAUCAAAGGCUUGUCGAAGGAAGGUAGUCACCAGGGUGUUCGAACGCUGGCCAGUCGGCUGGUGGAGCAGUGGCUGAAAAUCGUAAAGGGAGAGGCGGCGCCGAAUUCGGUACCGGCUCAAAUCAUGACAGUCCCGGUGCAGUCCCCUGUUACGGGCCAAACCGCGACCGUACCUUCGUCCCAGCAGCAACAACAGCUGCAGCAGUCCGCGAACACUCAGCAGGUCGUGGACGCCAUCGAAAAUGCGACCGUUCACAUACAGGACCUUAAUCUCGCGCAACAAUCUACCGCGAGUACAAACCAUCAAGAUCAGGAGAAGCAGCAGCAAUUGCAGGAGAGGCUACAGCCGCAAACGGUGCAAGUCGUCGGCAAGGCCCAGCAAGCGCAGGCGCAACAACAGCAAGCCACGCAGCAACAAUGUAAAAAGCAAUCCUUCGUUGUCGUAUCGACGUCCUCAUCACUGCCUGUUUACAAGAUCACCAUUCGCGAUGGCAAUCAGGUCCUCGCGAAAGUAGAGACCGACGCCGCGAAUAUAAGUAACAUCCUGAACCCAGCUGGCACGAGUACGGACAGCGGAUACGACCUGACUGCUGCGCAGGAGGCGGUGCCAGAGGUGGAGGAGCUGGACGAGGCGGAUGAAAAUGACGGCGCGGUUAGUGGUCGAGACGAUUCAGUAGAUGUUGUACAAUCGGACGAUUCGGCACACGUUCCUAGUGAAGUGAAACAGACUGCGGUUAGUUCUAAAGAUAAUCAGGAUACUGAAGGUGUUAAAAACAAAGACGUUAAAGACUCUAAGGACGUUGUCAGUAGUGAUAGUAAAUCUAGUGACAAGGAAAAUAGGGACUCUCAUAAAAAGGAUGACAAAAAGUCCAGUUCCGAGAAGAAAAGUAGCGGCCAUCAUCACGGCUCAUCUUUGUCUUCAUCACCGUCGUCGUCGACGUCGUCGUCUAAGAGCUCUAAGCACACGGGUACCAGUGCACAUCGUAGUAGCUCUACAUCCCAUAGAUCUAGUAGUCACCGUUCUAGUAGUAGUAGUUCUAAAAACUCCAGCUCUAGCAAAGAUAGGUCUUCCAAGGAUAAGGAUAAGCAUCACUCCAGUUCGUCUAGCAAACACAGCUCAAAUAAGAGUAAAUCCGAGCGAGACAAGGAACGGGAGAAGGAGAAGGAGAAGCAGAAGAAGGAUCAGGCGGAGAAGGAUAAGGCGACUCUGGAGAAGGUGCAGGGUCAAGCGCUGAGCUCCAAGGUGGGCAAAAUACCGAAGAAGCGUGCGGAGGACGAAAAGCCGAGCGACGCGAAUGGAAGGAAGUCCUCGACCGAGUCGCGCGACAACUCGAAGGAGAACAAGGAGAAGUCGGACUCGAAGAAGGACGCCGCUGCGACCAAGCCCGUUACCGAAAAGAAGAAUAUAUCCAUUUCCAUUGAGAACAGAAAGAACAGCCAGGACUCGGGAACGCGACCGAAGACGGUCAAGAUGUUUAACUCGAAAUUCAGGUCCACGGGCCUGGAGGAAGAGGUGAAACCGCCGCCACCCAGAUCGAAGAAGGCGGCUCCCGCUGCCGAUAAGAAGGUUCUACCGCCAAAAUUGCCCUUGAAGAGGCCGUCGCCGUUGCGGGACGUUCCGUUGGUGGAGAAACGUGCGAAGCUAUCGCUGGACUCGCCGACAACCCCACCGAGCGAGGAGAAGAAGGGAGGGAUUAAACUGAUUCCGCCAAAACCUAAACCGAUGGUGCUGCAAGAAAGCGACAUGUUCAUGGAUGCUCUCACUGCGUCUACGAAAAGUAAGGAACCGAGGAAGCGUAAACGAAGGGCUUCUAUCACGAAGGAUGGAUCCACUGAAGCCAAGAAACAAGAAACUGCUAAUGCUGAUAAUCGCGAGAGCACGCCACCACCUGCCUCGCCCACUAUCGUCGAAGAGAAAUCGGUCGUCCUCAAACCUAAUUUCAAGUUCUAUCAAGACACGUUGGAAAUAGAAGAAGACAAAGAUCAAAGGGAAAAGGAAAGCGAAGAAGAAUCAAAAAAAGAUAAAGAUCAGGCGCUUGAUGAGGAAAAAGACAGUAGAGACGAUGAUGAUAGUGGAAGUAACACACCAACGCCCGAGGAAGACGUGGAAGAAAUAAAAGAUGUAGAGUCACCAGAAGAUGUAUCGUCGGUAAUUUCGGACUCGAUGAAGAAGGACAGCUACCCCGAAAUACGAUACGUAGACGGACUUAAAAGCAUUCUGCUGCUUCAGAAACGUAAAGGGCCGAAGAAGGUUUUGAAGUGGGAAACGAAUCUAGAAUCUAUACGCUACUUCGAAUUGGACGAGACGGAAAGAGUUAACGUGACGAAGACAUUUACCGACAUGAAGCAGAUGGAGAAGCAAAACGAGAGGGAAGCAUUCCAGAUGGCCAGGAAAUUAAAUACUGAAGAUUUAAUGGAAGAAAAAACGAGAUGGAAACCUUUAAUUCCAAUUGAUCUACCGCCUCCGUUAGUGGACCCUGGCAAGGAUAGCAAAGAGAAGGAUGUUCAGUACGCUCGUGAGAAAGGCAUUCUUCAAGCGCUUUACUUUAAUCGAAGCAUGAUUCCGGACUCUGCGGCCGAGCCAGAUGAAGAGCGGCACCAUGUGAUGGCCGACCCGAAAGGAAUACCGUUAGACGAUCUCACGGGCAACAGGGAGAGCGAGAAAGAUUUUACAGCGGUACCGUGGCCGGAACCUAAGCCACAGCCUCCGCAACCGUCGACCGUAACGACGUUCCAUUAUCCGACGACGUACCCGCACAAUCAGCAAAGUAUGAUGACGACUAUGGGACCUCAGUCGACAAUGAAUCCCAUGCCGCAGAUUCCCCAACAGAUGAUGGCUCCCACGCAUAUGGCUCCCAUGUCUCCGGAGAUGGCGGGGCCGAUGCCAGCCACCGGUGGUGGCGGUUGGAGGACGGGCGACGGCAAAGUCCUCGUGCCGGACGUUGGUAUGAACCCGAUGGCGAAUAUGCCGGGUGGUUUUAAUCAGGGUAUGGAGGGCGGGCCCAUGGUACCACCGGGAAUGAUGGGGCCGGGGCCGCCACCCAUGUACAAUCAAGACGGCUACGGCAUGAUGUGCCCGGAAGACAUGGGAUACAAUAACUUCCAAGGUCCGCCCGGGCCGAUGUACGGUCCUGGUCCUGGACCUAACUUCCCGGGUCCGAGAGGCGCCCACAUGCACAACAGAGGCAGAGGUGGCCCCGGUUGGGGAUACCGUGGACCUGUUAGAGGGGGUUGGAGAGGUGUCGGUGGUGGGUGGCGAGGAAGCGGGAAACAGCCGCCGGUGUGUAGACAAUUUUCGAAAAAUGGUUACUGUCGAGUCGGAGACAAAUGUCAGUAUCUUCAUCCUGGUGUAAACUGUCCGCCGUUUUAAGAAUACGACUGAGGCAGUGAUCGAUUGAGUUGGAUACUAGUGACGUGCACCGAAUUGCAAUUGAUAUUGCUGCAAGAAUUGCUUUGAUUUGAGAUAUUUAACUCCGAGAAUGACGAGAAAGAGGAAGUGGUCAGCAUUACUUGACAGCAUUUUAACGAGGUGUGCGAUGAUUUCGCCCGAGUGGAUCGUUGUCUUGAUAAUAUUUCACUACGAAUUCGGGUGUGCGCACGAAGACAACACGCGAAGUCGGUCUUUAUUGAUGUGCAAUUUUUUUACAAAUUAUUUCUAUUUAAUAAUACUCCAUACGCGUACAAAAGUUAUGUAUUGACACGUCGAUGAAUGCCAUAUUUAUAUAUUUAUAUAUGGUUGUCACAGCAUUCGAUAUGUUGAUUACAAGCGCAUUGUGAAAUUGUGACAAUACCAUGUUCAUAUCGGCUGCUGGACAGCAGAGCAUUUUAUCAGAUUGCUCAAGAAUCUAGAUUUGCUAACGAAAUCUCUUUUCAGUUUUUAAAUUAUAAUAUACCUCUAGACUCGCGGAUAUUUGAUCCCCCCCCCCACUUUUUCAUUAUCUUUUAUGCGUUUAUAUACUUCCUAUGCGUUGUCGAAACGUUACGUUCUAUAUAUAUUUUUUUCAAGAAUGCGAUUUAAAACAUCGCAAAGAAAGUUAAAUUGUAUCCACGUGACAGCAAGGUGUUACGUAUGCUCACACAUACCCACCCAUAUGAAAUGUUGUUGAGAAUUAUGCUGUAUAUGCCGCUGCUUCGUGCUCGAAACACUAGAAUUCGAGGAUUGAGAUAUAACGAUACGUGCAUUCAAGCGAUUCCUGAUGGAACAGGAGUCUCUAUGUAAGAAGCUCUCAUAUUUUGAAGCGUGGUGCUACGUGCCGCUAGAAGCAUCUCAUAAGAUGAAGCUGAGGAUUCAUACAUGAAUGAUUAGUAUAGAUUUUUAUGUAUAGAUUCUUUGUAAAUAAGUUUGCAUAAUGUACACAGAGUGAAUCGGAUUGCGGUUGCGCCAACCUUUUGCCAUAGAAGAUGGACUGCCGAUCGCAACUGUAGCCAAUCCUGGAAAAAAAAUGGAAAGCAUCCCGUUAGAUAUAUGUCUCAAUCAUAUAAUAUCUAAUUCUAUCUCGAGAAAUAUAAUUAGAUAUUAUAUGGUUGAGACAUACAACGAGAUUUUUCCAUUUUUUCCCCAGGAUUUGCUACAGUUGCAAUCGGUAAUCCAUCUCCUAUGGUAAAAGAUUGGCCCCAACCACUCUGAUUCACCCUGUACAUAUAAACAGAUAAGUCUUUAUAUAAGGAUUAAUGUAGACUGGUAGGUUUAGUGUAACGGUCAAAAGAGCAGAUAAUAUUUAACAGGAAUAUGUACAUGUCCUUUAAAAUAGAAUGAGAUAUAAUCGGCCCGAUAUUAUUUCAGCUGAUUUCCCACGAGUUUUAUGUACAAAAUCAUACAACUAUUCUUUGCAAUUUCAACUCUCAUGGUAACCGUAUCGCCAACUCUUUACCACGUAAGAUGAUUGAUUACACCUUUUUGUAUAUGGUUGAUCGUUAUGUUUGUAUAUAACAUGUUGUAAAAGAUCACUUGAUGAAAAUACAAACAUCACAAUUAUUUUUUAAA